UUAAAUCUAAAAAAUUGUCUAAAUGGUGUGUUUAAACAUCCAAAAACUGUCUAAACACUUGCAUUGAUGUUGAGUAACUUUUUGACCAACACAAAUACACCAAUUAGUAGUGAAAGGUUGAAACUCUUGAUCAUUUUUAAUUUCAACUCUAUAAAAGUCUAGUAAGGAUGGUUUGCUAUAGAAGAUCAUUUUUCUACUACUAGAAUUCUUUGCAAAAACACACCAUAGUUCAAGUAGAUUUAUCUAAUUUUGUGCAAGAGUUGAGACAAAUACCUUUCAAAUUAUCCUAAAGGAUAUUUGUCCAAAAUCUUUGCAUGCAAAAUUAUGAACAAAUAAAGUCUAAAGAAAAGUGAUAAUGUAUACACUGUCAGUGUAUAUAAGAUUUACUUAUACUCUUUCACACAUUCCUCUUUUUUCGAGUACAACAUCAUUUGACCUAAAAACAAAAAUGAACAAAUGAACAAAUAAAGUGCAACAUCAUUUAGUCCAAUAAUAAGCAUUGAAAUUAUCUAUACAUCUACUAUUCAGUUAAAAGAAACAAGGUAGGGGAAUAUUUAAAGCUUACGUUAAAGUAACUAUACUAUUAUCGAGUCCAUGGGUUUACCAAUAAAUCAUUAACAGGGCCAAAGUGCUAAAAUCUGGCUUUUGGCAUUAAUAGGUGCACAAGCACUGGUGUUCUGAAAUUUGAAGAUAAUUUAUACUGACCCUUUGGAUGCCUUUCUGCUUAUUGCGUGCCAAGUAUAAUUUUGUAUUCUUAAUUAGUUUCAGCUACUCUCGGCUAGAUUUCACAAAAGAAUUCAUCAGAAACCUGAAUUGAGCUUAGGUCUUGAGUUGCUUUUUCUGUUCCACUCAGAAGAAAUAACUUUCCUCUGCAUCACGUAUUCCUGGAAAAAAAAAAAAAAAGGAGUAGAAAUUAGUUCCACAGAAGGAGGAGGUUAUAUAUGUCAGCAGAAGCUGCAAGAGACUUUGUAGCAGUAGUUUUAUUUCUUCGUCAACGAAAUCAACAAUGUCCAUUCCAGCCGCGUUUUAACUUUAUUCCUUCCCUUGUUAAAUAAUUCGGCAUCAUUGCUUUUGCACGAUGCUGCGGUAGUCACUCCUUUAUCUUUAUCCGACCAAAGGACCCACAGCUGAAAGAAGGUCCUGAAGGCUGAUCACCCCACCAUUUGCACAGUCUUCUUAAUAGCUUCCAUGAUUUUGUAUUCUAAUUUCUAAGCAGCUUCGUCUUUCAAACUCGCGUUGCUGCCUAUCUUCCUGUCUUCAAUUUCCAUCAUGUUUCUUGCUUUAGUUUCUUCUAAUUGGUUAAUUCUUUCUUUUUCUUUUUGAUAAAUACUGCACCAUAUAGCAUCAAAGUUCAUCAGCUUAUGAAUCUAUAACCUACUCCUCCUCCUACCUUUCAAGAUAGAACAAGUGGACUGUCCUAUAAACCAGAAGCCGCCUUCCCCGCAUUCUCAAGUUAAAGAGAAGGACUGAAAAUGGCAGAAGAAGUUCUCUCUUUUGUGCUGGAUCAACUCUCAACUUUUCUGCGCGAGGAGGGACGACUAUUGGGAGGGCUUCGGCAAGAGGUCCAGUUCAUCAGGGACGAGUUGGGGCACAUGAGAGCUUUCCUGAGAGAGGCAGAAGAAAAAGAAGAAGAUGCUCAACCCAGGCUCCAAGAAUGGAUCAAGCAAGUGCGAGAGGCUGCUUAUGACACUGAAGACAUUCUUGAUGAAUUUGUAGCUCGCUUUGCUCGGCAUCGCACAACAGGAUUCUACGGCUCUGUUCGGAGAAUAUUCAGCUCCAUCAAGAAUUUGAGAGCUCGUCAUCGAGUUGCUAGCGAAAUACAAAGCAUCAAGUCCAGAAUCAAUAGUAUUUCUGAAGGUCAUCAAAGAUACCAAUCCGAAUAUGGUAUCUCUGCCCAAGCGUCCAGCUCACUUUCUGCUGUGAACAACACAACAUGGCGCUAUAGCAGAGAUGACGCACUGCUUGUGGAAGAAGCUAAAUUAGUUGGCAUUGACCAGCCCAAGAAGCAUCUAAUUUCUCAGCUCCUCCGAGGGGAUGAUUACCAACUAAAAGUUGUUUCAGUGGUUGGUAUGGGAGGACUUGGCAAAACUACCCUGGUGAAAAGAGUCCACGAGGAUCCUGAAGUCAGAAAGCAUUUCCCAGUUCGUGCUUGGGUAACUGUCUCUCAGACAUGUGACUUUCAGUACCUCCUCAAAGACUUGAUUCGGCAGUUACACAAGGAGGGGAAGAAACCAGUCCCACAAUCGAUCGAGUCUUCGAAUACCACCGAGCUGAAAGAAAUUAUCAAAGAUUUUCUUCAACAAGCUGGAAGGUAUGCAAUUGUUUUUGACGAUGUAUGGGACGUGGAAUUUUGGAAUACCAUCAAAUUUGCACUGCCCGAGAGUAGCCACGGCAACCGUGUCCUGCUAACAACUCGAAGAGCUGAUGUAGCCUCUGCCUCUUGCAUUGAAUCUCGGCGUUUUGUCUACAGAAUGAAGCCACUCUCUGUAAAGGAUUCGAGGACCCUGUUUUACAACAAGAUCUUUAAUGGUGGUAAUUGCCCUGGCCAUUUGAUGGAUGUUGCCAAAGGUAUAUUGGACAAAUGUGAGGGCUUGCCCCUUGCAAUCCUUGCAAUCAGCGGGCUUUUGGCUUCGAAAGAUGUAAACAGAAUAGACGAAUGGGAGAUGGUUCGACGCAGCCUUGGGGGUGAAUUAGAAGGCACGGGUAAGCUGGACAGAGUAAAAAAGAUACUGUCUCUCAGUUAUAGCGACCUGCCUUGGCAUCUCAAGAUAUGUCUGUUGUACACAAGCAUUUAUCCAGAGGAUUACAAAAUAGGGUGCCUAAGACUUGUUAACUUAUGGAUUGCUGAGAGGUUUGUAGAAUGGAGAGAAGGAAUGAGUAUUGAAGAUGUAGCCUGGGGUUAUUUUAUUGAACUCGUCAGUAGAAGUCUGAUUCAAGUGACGGGCGUGUUUUAUGAAGGAUCACCCGACACUUGUCGAAUUCAUGACCUAUUGAGAGAAGUUAUUCUUCUCAAGUCAAGGGAACAAAACAUGGUCACAACUACUACUGGACAAUCAAUGAUGUGGCCGUCCGACAAGGUACGCCGUCUAAUAGUCCAUAGUAGCAGCAGUAACAACACCCAACACCUCCAGCAAAUGCAAAAUUAUUGCUUUGAUCACCUUCGGUCGUUCGUUAGAAUUGGAUCCACUAAUCCGCUGCUAUACAAAAUGUUGUUAUAUGAUGUUUUAAGGAGUAGCAAGUUGUUAAAGGUUUUGGAUUUGAGAGGUCAAAAGAAACAGAAGGAAAUACCAAAUGAGAUUUUUAAGAUGUUUCAUCUCAAGCAUCUGGACCUAUAUGGUACAGGAGUGGAGAGAGUCCCAAAAGCCAUUGGAAAGCUUCAACAUUUGGAGUAUCUGAAUUUGGGAAAAACUGGAGUUAGGGAAUUACCCAUGGAAAUCCUAAAGCUGCAAAAACUUCGGUUUCUCGAAGUAUAUCAACAAGUCGAUUCUUCAGAUGAUAAUUAUGGAUUUCACGGAUUUAAAGCUCCAUCCAAUAUGGGAGGGCUUCUUGCCCUAGAAAUAUUAAGUUACAUAGAUGCUAGUAGUGGAUCUAUAAUCAUUAAAGAGGUAGGAAAGCUGACCCAAUUAAGAGAAUUACGUAUUACUAAGUUAAGAAGAGAAGAUGGAAAGGAGCUCUGCUCCUCCCUUGCCAACCUCACCCGUCUUCGGGAAUUAAGCAUUGCUUCAAUUGGAAAAGGUGAUGAUCAUGAGAUAAUCGAUCUAAAUCAUCAUCCUCCUUCCCUUUCUUCUUCUUCGUUUCUUCAAUCUCUUCGUAUGCUGAUUUUGCGUGGCCGCUUAGAAAAAAUGCCACAGUGGGUAGCUCGUCUUCGCGGCUUGGUAAGAAUAGAUUUGAAUUGGAGCAGGUUAAGGGGUGAGGAGGAUCCGCUUGAAUCCCUCCAACAUUUGCCCAAUUUGCAUCAUAUUAACUUCUGUGGAUCUUACCAGGGAGAAGGGUUGUGCUUCAAGGCUGGAGGGUUCCUAAAGCUGAAGUCGAUGCACUUAAAGAGAAUGGAAGGGUUGAGAUGGAUGAGAGUGGAGGAGGGUGCAUUGCCUCGUCUCCAAAAACUAUUUCUGCAACAACUUCCAUUGCUAGAGGAGUUACCUUUGGGUAUUCAGCACUUGAGCAAUCUUCAACGGCUGUCUCUGUAUGAGACGAGUUCUCAUUUGAGAGAGAAGGUGUUAGAGAAUCAGGAGGAGGAAAGUGAAGAUUACAGAGGGAUCGCACACAUUCCUGAAGUUCUCAUUGGGUACUAUACAGAUGAUAGGAAAUGGAGAGAGCGCCGGCUAUGGGAGGAGGAGAAGAAGAAGAAAACAUAAUCAUUCCCCUUUCUCUGGUUUGCACCCUCUCUGUUGUGGACAACACUGCUUUUGUUUUUUAUUUUUUAUUAGUAAAUUUUUUCCCCUUCAACAUCCGUGACCGUGAGAGAAGUUAAUCAUCUUCUGUGUCUUACCUCCUUAUUUAUUGUAUGUAUUGAUGUUGUUAAUGUAUAGUAUUACUCUUUAUCUUUUUGUGUCUUAA